CGCACGCCUGAUGCUGGGGGCUCGCUUGCGUUGUCGCAACGAUGAUGAGAUAGGUCAGUCACCAUGCCACUUCUUCCACAGCGAGCCUUGGAAACCCCAAUAUAUUACAAAGACAUUUACAUACAAACACAAACGCACUUACCGUCCUUGGUGCUUACGCGGCAGUUGUGACAAUUGCAGAUUUCGUUUGCCAACCCGGGCACCUGGACAGCAGCAACAAAUGAGCAGUCUUCUCUUAAGAAAGAGUUCGUGGCCCUGUGCAUCUGCUUACCACGGGCGCAAAGCUCCCUCCGAGUAUCCUAUGACGCGGCUGCAGGCGCGCUGUCCGCCCUGUCCGCAGCGGGUGGGACGGAGGGAGCUCACGGUCUGCGCCGCAGAACGUCAAAGUGGGGGACGCGCGGUGAAACGACGUAUGGGGGCUCCGCCGCGGUUGCCGCCUGUCGAUGACAGCGGAGGCGGUGGCGGCGGUGGCGGUGGCUGGGGCUGGGAGCGCACGGCUCGUAACCUGGCGCCCAACCUGUUUGUGAUGGGGCUGUACUUUUUCGUCACAUCUUACGGCGGGGACAACUUCGGAGGAGGAGGACAUGGGGGCGGCGGAGGUGGGGGCGGAGGUGGCGGUGGAGAUGGCGGUGGAGGCAGCUAUGGCCCAGACGGCGGUGAUGCACGGAACAGCCUGGGAAACGACCGCCACGAUGCCAGCCGGCGCGCGGAGGACCGCAAUGCGUACGAGGACAGCAGCGAGGAGGACAGCGAGGAGCACCAGGAGCGUCGGCCACGGGGUAAGGGGCACGGCGGCCGGCUGCGCAGGUCUUAGCAGGGGCGGCCGGGGCCGUGUCCGGCGUGGCAGCAGGACAGCUGCGCUGCAUCUGCCAGCAACAAGUAAUCACACUGCGGGGCGUAGGCAAAUACUUACCAUGCAAAUCGACUAUGCGUGGGCGACUGUUUUUGCAUCUGCUUGGGGGUGGGGGCGCAAAGGUAGGCCAGACACACCACCAUGCCUGAGGACUGGCGUGUGAUGCGCGGCAUACCAGUAAUGGCGUUUCAGGCGUGGUGUGGCUUGUGGCACAUGAAAUGUUGAUGGACACUGCAUGCACCCCUAAUGAUUUUGCCUGUAUUCGCUCACGAACCUGUACUUGCUUAACAGGCCCACCUGUGUGGGAUGCGUGGGUUGCACAAUGCAUCCUUGCAGUAUGUGGCCUUAUAUUCUAGUGUGUAUUUCGUAAUGUGCGCACGUGUGUGUAUGUGGAGUGACAGUGUACAUAUGUGCUGCAACUGGAAAGUGUAAUGUUUAGUACGGGGCAGAGUUGAAGUCAUGCGCGCGAUACGGGCACCUGAUGUGGCAUGCUGUCACAAUUCAUGGUCAAGUGCAGUUAGUAAACCGUGCGUAGCAGGUUACAUGCAGCCAAUAAAUUCACAGUCUUCACCCACUGCUUCACCAUGCAUGCAUCAACACGCCGUCUUAUGCCCACACUCUUCACUUCCGCGGCCUUUUCAUCUUCCCAUUUCCGCGCAUAUACAUAAAGGUCACCAGGUUUUAACCUUGCUUGCUUAGGGGCAUGGUGGACACUUCUUGCAGCGGGAAGCCGGCCAUUCAUAUGGGUCGAGAAGGAGGCUGGAGGAAGGACACGGCGGCAGCUAGAAUUGGACAUUUUGAAUAUGGACAUCAGGUGUGGAUGGGUUGCCUGACUAGGCUUUCACUGGAUGGCUUUCAGAUUGCAUUGGUUGCAAGAGGACCUGCUGACGUAGUUCCCAAGCCUGUGACGCGGAGACCUGCCAGUGUCUGGUUUGCGGUCUUUGCUGGCGAGCACAGCGUGGCACGGUGUGGGGAUUAUUACUGUUUGGUUUGUGCCUGCUGUGCUUGUGCUUGACAACGGGACGCAUCUGACACAUGGCGGGCAGUGUCUGUACGAUCUGACCCCGAGGCCCGGGCCGGGGGGCCCUUAUGACGCUAUGAACGUCGGCAGUCAACCAGGGGGUGGGUGUUUCUCUCUGGGCCGGAGGCGGUCCCUCGCGGCGUGGGUACGGUGUACCCCCGCUUGUCGGACUGUCCCUUCAAUUGUAAUUCGCAUCCUUA